UGCAUCAGUGAGAGUAUGUGAUGGAGCUCCUUGGAUUACUUCCUAAUGUUCAUCUGCUGAUCAUGCAAGUUGAGGAGCGCCUUGUGCCAGUAGAUGAAUUGCUUGAUGCCGACGAAGUGUUUUGCACUGGGACAGCGGUAGUAGUGUCACCUGUUGGCAGCAUUACUUAUAAGGCUUCACUUAACAGCAGCAGCAAAAAGAGAGAAACAGCGUUGCUGACUUGCAUUUCAGGUUCUCAUGGAGGAGAAAAGGCCAAGCACGGGAAAGUUUCAAUCAUUUCAUACUUUAAGGGGAGAUUUGUUGUCGCAGUGAUCAAUUCCAGAAGUAUCGCCCUUCUUGACUACAAGGCUUGACUAUCGACUGCAUAGA